AUGAACUCCCCCCGCGCCUCGGAGAAAAUGCUCCGGCGGCGCGCCCAAGUGCGCAUCAACCAGCAGCGCUACCGUCUCAAGUUGCAAGACAUCAAUGCCACUCGGGUCUUGGAGGUGACGGAGCUGGCGCACGACAUUGCACGCUGCCAAGGUCGCAUCGAAAUCCUCGAACGUUGCGUAUUGCGCUUGCACGAGCCCGAGGUGGGCAUCGUGCUCGAGUACUUUCGCCUCUUUCGCUCGGGAUAUGCUCCGCACCAGCCGGAUCUGCACGAGCAACAAGUCGCGCUUGUCAACGCUAUCAUUGAGCCCAACUUGGUCUUCCAAGGCGAGGCCCGUGUGGAGAAGCUAUGGGAACAAUGGCGUCUCGCGCAUGCACUGUAUGCAACGACCGAGAUGGAGCCACCGCGAAUUGACACUAUUUGCGUCGAAGAGACGACAAUCCUUCGCGUCUCGACCACCAUUCACCUGGGCUUGUCGUGGCGGUCCGUGGCGGUCCUUUUCCCCCAGGCGGCUGACCAACACCACCUCUCAAAGCGGCUAAUCGGUCAGGUGCUACACCUGCCUCUCGUAAAGCACUUUCACUUUACCGAAUCCGCGUGGCCAGACUCGACACGAUGA